AUGACUAAGGUGUUAAGAGCUGGUUUUAUGAUUUGUGUUCAGAAAGUCGACUGGAAACCACCUGCUGAUGUGAUCGAAGAGUGUUUGAUGAAGGGGAAGCUAAAGAGCGAUUGUCAGAACUAUAUCCGUGUUCUGGCACGCCAGUCGCCUGGGAAGGCCCUAAUCUGUGGUACACACGCAUUCUCACCAAAGUGCCGUGAGUACGUAUACUCUAGCAUUGACGGCACUCUAAAAAAUACUCGACAAUUUGAUGGCCAGGGAAUUUCACCAUAUGAUCCUCGCGACAACUCAACAGUCGUUUAUCUACCAGACACGCAUGAGAUCUACACCGGCACAGUGUCUGAUUUCGUUGGGAAUGAUCCACUCAUAUACCGUAAGAGAAUAGGUGAAAAUGAUAGAGAUAAUGGGAUCAGGACCCAGAGAGACGACGCUAGAGUGCUUGACACACCCAACUUUGUUGGCUCAUUUGUGUACAAGGAGCAUGUCUACUACUGGUAUAGAGAGCGCGCCGCUGAAGCUAUGGACAACAAUGAAGAGCGGCAGAUCUACGCCAGAGUAGCUCGAGUUUGUCGAAAUGAUAAGGGAGGUGCAAGACCUGCUAACGAACGCUGGACUUCAUUCAUGAAAGCUCGACUGAACUGUUCAUUGUCUUCUGCAACACCUUUCUACUUUAAUGAGCUCAAAGCCGUAUCGGAUCCGAUUGUGUCGUCAGCCAAUGAUCAUAGAGUCUAUGCCGUGUUCUCUACACCAGACUCCGAUGUUCGAAUGAGC